AUGUGCUCCCAGCUCGACCACUUCGUCGUCUUCUCCUCGAUGUGCUCCGGUCGCGGAACGCCGAAGAGUUCUCUGUCGGGCUACGUCGACUCCGCGUUGGAACGCUUGUGCGAGCGCCGUGCUGCGGACGGGUUUCCCGGACUGGCCAUCCAGUGGGGUAUCAUCGACGGAAACUCCUUCAAUGACUCCCAGAGUACUGAAGCAGUAUUCGAGGGAACACAGCCUCAGCGAAUGAAGAGUUUCUUGGAAGUGAUGGAGAGGUUCCUCAACCAGAGCCACCCCAUAGUAUCCAGUUUUGUCAAAGCUGAGGUCCAUUCCAGCUCAGACAAGAAGUCAGAAAAGAACCACCUUGUUGACUCGGUGACACGCAUUCUCGGCUUCCAAGAUUCGUCGACACUCAACCAAGACAGCAGCCUCGGCGAGCUUGGCUUAGACUCAAUCAUGGGCGUUCAAAUACUGAAGGUCCUCGAGGAGAGCACCGGACUGGCUCUGUCCGUUCAAGGAAUACGCCACGUCACCCUUAACGACCUGCGCGCGAUGAGCGAAGAACGACGCGUAAAUUAGAGCCGGAUGCGAAUCGGCUCGUCUUUCGUG